AUGGUACGGAAGAUGCCCUACCCCGUCCGUUACGCCCCCGGCGACCGGAUCCCAAGUGCCAAAUCGGCUCGAAGCCGUGGCAGUUACUUGCGCGUGUCCUUCAAGAAUACCCGUGAGACUGCUCAAGCCAUCAACGGCUGGAAACUCCAGCGUGCCGUUAAAUACCUCGAAAAUGUCAAGGAAUUGAAAGAAGCUGUGCCAAUGCGCAGAUAUGCGGGCAGCAUCGGUCGAAGCGCACAAGGCAAGCAAUUUGGUGUCUCUAAGGCCCGCCAUCCCAUCAAAUCAGCCGAAUUCCUUCUGGGACUCCUGAAGAACGCCGAAGCCAAUGCCGACACCAAAGGCCUCGACACCUCCAACUUAAUCGUCAAACACAUCCAAGUCAACCAAGCCCCGAAGCAGCGACGUCGCACAUACCGUGCUCAUGGCCGUAUCAACCCUUACAUGUCCAACCCAUGCCACAUUGAAUUGAUCUUGACGGAAGGAGAAGAGGUCGUUACCAAGGCCGAGGAAUUGGGUGUCGCCAAAGGAACGAGAUUGAAUGCGAGACAGCGAGGUGCCCAGAGACGGAGAGCUAUCACUUCCUCCUAA